GUUGAAGUCAAUGUUGUUCCACCCGACAUGGACGUCCGCGACUUUGUGGUGGACCAGAGCAGCCGCGGCGCUGACGGUCUUGUUGAGCUCCGCGACAGGCCGCUGCUCAUUCGUGGCUCGUCGGCAGCGCAGUGGCCGGCGCUGCGGCGAUGGAGCGACGCUGCGGCGAUGAAGAAGGCCAUGGCUGGGGUCGAGCUCGCCUUUCGCAACGCCUCGGCCGGCUCGCCGGUCUUUGUGCCUGUCGGCGAGCGGAUGCUCAGCCUCGGCGCCAUCGACGCGUUUGAGAUGCAGACGGCGGUCGGCCUGGAGAGCUUUUACGCCGACGACGCGAGCAGAGGCGAUGGCGAUGACGACGGCGACGGCUGGCUGCUGUACCAUACUGGCGACGUCGACGGCGAGUGGGCUCCGGUCAAGGGUGAUCUGCGGGUGGAGGAGCUCGAGCUGGAGGCAGGCGUGUCGCGGAGCAUGGUGUGGGUGGGACGGGCCGGAGUGGUGGCCAACACCCACUACGACACCUCGUACAAUCUGCACAUCCAGAUCACCGGCGCCAAGCAGUGGAUUCUGCAUCCGCCGUCGGCGUCGGUUGAUGUGGAGCCGUUCCCCUGGCUCCACGUCCACUACCGGCAGGCGCGCGACAUGCAGGCGAACCACGACGACGCGCUGAUCAUCACGGUGCGUCCCGGAGAGAUCCUCUACGUUCCGCCGUUCUGGUGGCACUCUGUGCGUGCGGUGGAGCGGUCGUACUCGGUGUCGGUCCUUUCGCCAGCCGUUGGCGAGCGGUCUGCGGCCGAGCUGCUGGCGAUGCCACCGCCACGGCCGCCGGCGCAGGCCGGUCGCGGGUUCAAGGCGCGCGCCCUCGAGGUUGUGGCCAGCGCGCGUGCACUGGUCUUUGGCGCAGGCGUCUCGUGGGACGCUGUCAUGGAGCUGGUCGAGGCGCGGUAUGCGCGGCUCCCGAUCGGCUCGAGCUCGCAAAUGCGCGCGCUGACCAAGGCGGCAUGCUGGCCGACGGAGCGGGCGGCGAUCGACCUUGCCACCGCAUCAGACACGUCUGACGAGCUGGCCAUCAGCUCCGGCGGGAGCAACCGGCUCACGCGGCGAAAGAAGAUCGAUGCCGGCGCUGUGGCGAGCCGGGCGGCUCUGUGGGCGGCGUCGCGGAUCCCACUCCUCACAGACGUGGUUGUGGACGGCCGCGAAGCGAUUGCCACCGAUCUCAUGGAGGUCAUCGCCAGCGAUUUGUUUGGCGACGACGGGCGGUUUGUGGGGCGGUUUUGGGCAGCGUGUGGCGUCUGA